GGUGCUGAUUGCAAUUUUUCAUUUUCUCCAAUUUCCAGAUGAAAAUAAUCAUCAUUUUUCACAUUUACCCAUGAUAACCACCUAAUUAAAUUGAUUGAUUUGGUGAAGGACAAUAUUCUACAAGCUAAGCUUCAUCUUAAAGUAAAUACAAAUAAAUCAGGAAUGGUAAUUUAGGUUUUGAAAACAGAAGCUCAGCAGUACAACUACAAAGAAAGUAACUAAACGAACUGAAAAGAGACCAACUCAGACUUCGAUAUCCAUUGUACACUAUGGCCGGCUCCGAUGGUGAAGCUCAAGACCAAUUGGUGGAUCUCGGGAUAACCCCGGAUCUCAUGGAACAGGUACCAGCUUGUGAAGCUGAGGGGAUCAUGCGUGCCAAGAAUGCGCAGCCUAGUCAGUUUGCCAGCUAUUGGGAGAAAGAUGAGGCAGACAUCGAUCAUGCUACAGAAGAAGAGAUCAAAAAUGAUCCGGUCAAAAGGAUCCUUUGGGCAGCUGAGAACAACAAAUUGAAGAUCGUCGAUGAAUUACUUGAGGAAGAUUUAGAUUUGGUUUGCUGCGUGGAUGGCGAUUGUUACACACCCCUUCAUAGGGCAGCCUAUGGUAAUCAUCGAGAGGUUGCCGAGAUCCUGAUCAGAUUCGGCGCCGAUCUCGAAGCACGAACUGUCGACGGGUGGCAACCUCUCCACAGCGCGUGUUUCUGGAACUGUUCGGCCGUCGCCGAGCUUCUCAUUCAAAAUGGCGCCUGUAUUAACGCGCAGACGAACGGACACCAGACGCCCCUGCAUCUUGCCGCAUCACAACCCGACAACAAAGAAGUCCUGAAGCUCUUACUUAUGAAUCCGGAUCUCGACGCAAAUUUGAAAAACGACAUCAACGAGACGCCAAAGGAUAUUUGUCUGCGGUCGUCGAAUCUCCAUUAUUUGUUUGAGAUUGCAGAAGAUAGCAUAAAUUUACUGCGAUAGAUUCUGUUUUGUAUUGUUUUAUUUUUUGUUUCGUAUUGUUGUAAUAUUUGUUGGGAAUAGUUGAAAAGAUUUUCAAGGGGUACGCCCUUCAUAAUUACUGAGUCCUGGAAAUAGAAAUACUGUCAUACGAAAUGCCAUAGUGCAGUUAUUGUCCCUACGAAUGUGCUUAAACUUGGUAUUCAUAGUAUUUGUAUUGUCUACUCAACUGCAAUGCUAAAAUUUAUAUUUCCUGCAUAUUUGAGCAUUUUGAAAUCUUUAAAUUCAAUGACAAAUUCAAAUUUUCAACGAACGGCGUAUGCCUUUAAUUGGUUCCUUUGUCUGUUUGAUGGGUCAACAUCAUUCGGUUAUUUGUCAAUGGGUUGUUUAUUAUUGGCACCUCACAAGAGUAAAUUAGUAGGUGUUGAAACCUGAUCUCAGUGUAUAUUGCUGGUUGGAGGAAUUCUUCAAUGCGCUUUUGUCAAGGUGAAACAGAAUGUGGCUUUGACCCUGUGCAUGCUGCCCCAAUUUUAAAACCGGAUUUGUUGUAAACCUUGCUUUAUAUCUAUGUGGUAAAUUUGUACCAGAAUCUGUGCAAAACCCACCUUGUUGAGAUUAUUGUUAAAAAAAUUUUAGUUCAAAGAAGCAAAUCACAGAGAUGAGAUUAAUAUUGUUUGUAUCCAACUGCACAGUGAAAAAGUUUUGGCAUGAUAGAUCUGUACUAUUAUUAGACUGAGUUGUUCCAUUGACACCAUUGUCGGUGAAACCAAACUUUAAAAUAUUUGUCUAAUCAACAGCAAUGUUGAAAUUAGUAUUCAGUACAUAUUGUGCAAUGGGAAAUUUUCAAAUUAUAUUACAAAUUUCAAAUUUUUCAUGAACGUCAAAUGCCUGUAAGGGUACCAACACCUGUUGUAACAAUCACCUGUGUAUUGCUUAGUGUUAAAGCUAGUAUUCAUAUGUGUGUGCAAACAAUUGUUAACAAAGAUCCAAGUACAUAUUGUAGCCAGCAGUCCAGUCCAGUAUUUGUAAGCCACCAAUUUGUGCCGAAUUUAUUUUGUACCAUCAUGUUAAUUGGUUGUAACGUGCUACCCUUCAGAAAUCCUGUUCUAAUGGUCUCCAUUAGUUCAACAGCUUGGAUGUCCUUGCAGCUUAUCAAGACAAGCCUUUUUUGUUAGGAUGGAUACCCCUCUUUGUCCCCAACAUUCAUAAACUGAUAACUUUUUUUGCGAGGCUUGUCAGUCACCUGAUUCAUGUCGUGACAUCCUGUGCUAUUACCCUUGUGCUGUUGUAAAAUGAAUGUUUAUUUUUGUAAUAAAGUAUUAUUGUCUAAAUUAUU